AUGGCCACUACGACCACCACAUCACCUUCGAUCGCUGUUCCGUCCUCGUCCCGUCUUCCAGAGACUCCAGUCAAAAAGGAAUUUCCGGAAGCCACUCUCGCUGGCUCGACCUCGAGCAGCAAGAAGCGAAAGGUCACCGACGCUCGAGAGGACGACGGCUCGGAUCAGAGCGACGACGAGGAACUCCAAGACUCGUCCCGUUCCGCUUCGCCAUCCAAGCCCACCAACACCGGCGGUCGCAGAAAAGCGAGCGACGAGGAGCGAAAGGCUCGCCUCGAGGCCCGUCAAGCUCGCAAUCGUCUCUCGGCUCAGUACUCGCGAGAACGCAAGAAGGCCUACGUCGACCAACUCGAGGGCUCCCUGAACGCUCUUAAGGCCGAGAACACCUUGCUCCGCCAACAGCGCGAGCAGGAGCAGCUUCUCCGCCAGGCUCUCGACACCAAGCUCCGUGACUCUCAGAUUCGCGUCCAUACUCUCGAGACCAUUCUCCGCACUGUCGCUCCUUCUCUUGUUCCUCUUCUUGCUUCGUCGUCAUCCUCCUCCUCCUCCAUCCCCAUCUCCUCUUCCCCGGCUUUCGCCGCUUCUUCCUCUUCUUCGAUUGCUCCGCAGCUUGAUGCGGGGCUGUCCGCGGAUUUCGCGACUGCUCUUCUGCAGAACAACGUCCCAGCAGCGGAUGUCUUCACUCAGUUCGACGGUCUCGCUACCCCCCAAGUCUCUGCCUCUGGAAAGGUCGGAAGCCAUGUCGAUGUCAACGGCAGCAGCAUCGUCAAGCAAGGAUACCCCCUUGCCAGUCAGAUCCACGUUCCCGCACCAGAGCAGCCGUCGUCGACCGCGGCCAGCUCCCACAUCACUCUGUCUCAGCAUCCCGUCGAAGCGAAAGCAGCCGGUACUGCCCGUGAAGCUGAGGCUCUCCUCUCCAACUUCCUCCACCUCGACGACGCCAAGUUCGCCCAUGAUGGUGACGCGACGACUGCGGCUCAAGAUCAAGGUGCCUCGACGCCUGCCGCCCCGUCUCAACCUGUACCUGUGGGCCAGGUCAAUGCAGAAGCAGCAAGCGGCACCUGGCGAUCCGCAGGCGCCUCUGCAAGUGACCUCGCAAGCCUGAGCGCCGCCUCGGCGGGCUCGUGUGAGGCAAAGAGUAGCAGCGACAGCAGCAAGAACAUCAACGAGUCCGCGAACAUCUUCAACACCAUCAGCCUGUCCCACGCUGACAGCCAGGACGAGAACACGCAGGCGCGAUUCCAGCUCCUCAACUCCCCGCUCCUGCCCACCGACAGGAACAUGUGGGAGCUGGCCACGGACGCGAUGCUCCAGGACAUCUACUCGAAUGGUGACGACGUCGCGGAUCUUUCGGUGUCGAGUGUCUCGGCUUCCGACGUAUCUUCUGAGAUCGACGCGAGCGCCGGCUCUUCGCCGUUCGACCUCGUCGAUCUGGACAUUGAGAUCGAGGAGCCGCUCCACCUCAGUAUCGGCCUGGACGAGGAGAACAUGGUCGUGGACGGCGCCUUCCUCCCCAAGGCCGACACCGCCGCGUCCAUGGACUGGCCCGGUCUCAUGGCCUCCCUCGUCGCUUAA